UACCGUAGCUAUAUUUUCCAGUUUCUAAUGCAUACUUGUUAUGAUGAACACCAAAUGGCUUGACAUAUUUUUUUUGUAGGGAUUUGAAAGAUCCCAAUACAUUUGUGGACUUUCUUGUGUCAACUUCAAAGCCCACAAUGCGGCUCUCUUCAAGCAUUUACUAUCCGAAGUAUCGUUUUGGCGCCUUUGGGACAUUAUUCCCUUUGAAUAUGGCAAACAGGGCAUGCCCAGAAGAUUAUGGUGUCAUGGGUUUAAGAUAUGGUUCAAAGAAUCUAUCGUUCGCCUGGUGAGGUACCCUAUGGUGCAUGGUUGGUUGGGAGAAAAGGGAAUUUAAGUGCAGGCGUACAAUACAAACCAAUAGGUGGAAGCAAGCAUCCUAUGCCUUUUACAGACUUGAAGAACUGGAAUUGUGCAAUCGGUUAUGGUGUAGGCUCAAGUAGCCCACUCAGCCCUUCAUUUAAUUUUGCACUAGAGCUUGUUAGAAGUUCGCAGCUGGUUGCAUCGUUCUAUCAACACCAUAUUUCUGCAAAGGUACUAGAUUAUCGGGGUGGAGAUGAAACUUUGAACUACAUUGAUCUUGGACUUGAGCUAGCCACAAGGGUGGAUAAAGACAAACCAACAGAUGAUGCUGGCAAUUCAUCGUUUCAGGGAAAGUUAGGCCCUUCGAAAUCUUCUGCAGCAUUGGCGUAUAAGUUUCCACCCUUCUUUACAUGUAGUAUCACAGACAUGUCGGGGUGUUCUUUGAAGAUUUCAUCCGCUUUCUCAACAAUGUUUCCUAUUUGCAGUUGAAAAUGAUCAUUCGAAAGAUACCAAACACUUAAUCGAGAGUGUACGGUCUUGAAACAACAUGAGAUAGACGUUGAUGGAAAGGAGCGCGUCCUCGAGUUUGACUUUGGUCCAGGCAACUAUGACAAUUUACCAACGGAGUUGAAACCUAUUGACAAAGUAUUGUAAUUGUAGGUUGUUACACUUAGUGUCUCAUCAUGGAGUCGGGAAGCCCCAUAAAACUAUCAGUUAUUAUGGGUAUUAGAUUAGUUGAUCAACUGCUUUGAUAAGGACAAAUCAUGUGUCUGUCAUUCAAGCGUGAAAUACAAUGGUACUGUAUGCAGUUA